AUGGGAUUCAGAGAAUUGGAUGAUCAAGUGGGGGCAUCUUCACGUGGAUUUGUUUAUUUUGUGUACAACAUCCGUGAUACGGAUGGUGUUAUUGACAAUACUAGGUCGUAUAACCCCACAGCCGUUCGUAAAUUGUCAUUUGAAGGAUUAACAGUAAGUAUCUUAUCUCAUGAGGUGUCUGACCUAUGUCUUGGAAAGCCUGCAUUAAACUCUCUGUCUGUUUCUGCAACCGUCGGUAACGCGUUGUCUGCUCUUAAGAGAUUUGAUGAUUUGUUUUUAAGCGUUUGGAGCUGUAAUCAACACCAACAUUGUAACUCUCCAAGAUCAAUCAAUUCUGACUUUGCAGAAUGUAAAUGCGUUGGCAAGGUUUGCUUGGUGGAUGUGAUUUGCUUCUUGUCUAAAGAAGAGAACUUGAAGAAUCCAGGGAAAGCGUUGCAGGAGCCGGUUUCUGUGCUUCUAAGUUCUAAGGUUCCUGGACUUGUUAGGCACCUGGAACCUCACGCCAGCUUAUUGGAAGCCAUAGAUCUCAUCCUUGGAGGUGCACAGAACCUUGUGAUUCCACUUCACAACCCCUUCACAAGAAAGAAGCUGGUACACAAAUCCUCCGCCGACUCCACCCUCCACAACAACCGCGAAUACUGCUGGCUCACUCAGGAAGACAUAGUCCGUUACCUUCUCAACUCAAUUGGCACCUUCUCUCCAACUCCAACCCACUCUAUUGGGUCCCUCAACAUCAUCGAGACCGAUUCCUUCUUCACCAUCCACUACGAUGACCCUGCCUCCUCUGCACUGCCCUUGAUCUCUCAAUCCCUCGUUAAGCAAACAUCUGUAGCCAUUCUUGAUACAGACGGCAAGCUGAUUGACGAAAUCUCUCCAUUCACAUUGAACUUCUGUGACGAGACAGUGGCUGCUGCAAUUGCCACGCUCUCAGCUGGGGAGUUGUUGGCUUACAUAGAAUGCAGCGACCAGCCAGAGGACCUGAUAAAGUUGGUGAAGGAAAGACUGGAAGAGAGGAAUCUAGGACCUGCUUUGGACUUGAUAGAAGAGGAAUCAGGAAUUUCAUCACCUUCAUCUUCAUCAGAUGAAGAGUUCGGAAUGGGAAGGAGCGGGAAGAUUGCUGGGAAUUCAGCAAGAGUGGGGAGGAGUACGGAGAUAAUCGUGUGCUAUCCAUGGAGCUCAUUGGUGGCAGUGAUGAUUCAAGCCCUUUCACAUCGUAUAAGCUACACAUGGGUUAUUGAAGAGGACAGCGCUUUGGUUGGUGUUGUUACCUUCUCAGGAAUGAUUCAAGUUUUGCGGGAACGUCUCAAGUCAUUGGCGUGA